UAAAGAUCAUAGUAUUUUAAAACAGCGGUUGAAAUCAAACCUGGGCUUCCUCUUUCACUUGCUUUCAAUGAAGCUUCAUGAAUAAUUUUACUCUUGCUAAAAAAAAGUCAUACUGUAAACAAAAGAUGAGCCUACCGCCUACAUAAACUUUACCUGUGGGCUCUUUGGGUUAAUUUUUCAUGGCAAAGCUUGCUUGAUUACCAAGUUACUAUAUUAGUUUCAGAACCAUUAUCCACUUUCCUUCACAGUAUAAAUCCAUCACUUGUAGCAGACAUGCAAAACAAUCAGAAAUGGAGCCAACAAAACUGGAAGGAGGCAACUUUAACAGCAAGGUCCUCUUCAAGAAAGCCAUGGCUGGAGACUGGUUUGCUGUAGUUGAAAUGUACAAGAAGAAUCCAUUGGCGCGCCGAGCCAAAGUUACACGGGCAAAACACACAAUAUUGCACCUUGCAGUGUCGGAGGAAGAUGACAAUGUGGUGAAGCAGCUUCUCGACGCCAUGACGGACGACGAGGCGCGUGACAUUCUAAGCCUCCAGAACGAGUUCGGCGACACUCCACUUCAUGCCGCAGCUGCACUGGGGUUGGCCGGAAUCUGCUGGCUCCUUGCAGAGAAAUGCAAUGAGCUGGUUCUUCGUUCCCGCAAUAAUGCGAGGGAGACUCCCCUUUACAUUGCAGCCCACCAUGGAAAGAAGAAAGCUUUCUUUGUGCUUCAGGACUAUGUGCCAGAGACCCUGUUGAGCAGACAGAAUUACAAUAUAUCCUUCUGCCGGAGAGGAGACGGCAACACUAUCCUCCAUGCGGCUGUCCAUGGCGAGCACUUCGGUAAUGUAUUACAAUCCACAGAUCUGCUGCAACUACAAGAAUUUCUGAUGUUCUUUGGAACUUUUUGGAUACAGAUUUGGCUAUUGAGAUUAUGAAAUUAUAUCCAAAAUUGGUGAACUUCAACAAUGAGAUGGGGCAGUCCCCACUUCAUCUUCUAGCAAAUAAGCCACUGGUUUUCAAAAGUGGCAGCCGACUACGACGGAUUGAUAAGCUCAUCUAUGCAUGUAAUGUUCCAUCUAAGUUCUCAAACUAUAUCUCCUUCAAUAACUCAUAAAAAGAGUUCAUGGUUCAUGCAAGAAGGAGAUAAGUUGAGAGUCUGAAACUCUCUCUUAUUCGCUUACAUAAUACCAUCAAUGCCUCAUAAACAUGAAGAAUCAAUAUGUUUUUCUAAAUAAGUUUGAAAAAUCCAGGUGAAAUAUGAUGGCUUGGCUAAUGGGAAACUUCAUAAUUUCACCUCAUCAAAAUUGUAAGAUAAACUAACCAACAUAUAGGGGUGUCAAUAUUUGACAAGAAAGGAAAACUCGAUUUGAAUCCGAUCCAAAAAUUUUGGGUUAGACCCGACCCGAUUUCAAAACGGGUCAAGUUCGGGUUCACGGAUUCGACC